GUGCCCGUAGGAUAUGUGGAUAACCUCCUCCAGACAGUUGAUUGACUGCGCCUGAUGGUUCAGAGGAGACAGACCGCUCUAGUUACCCAUGGGAUCGAGCUUGAGCUAGCACCAGUUGCACCUGUAGGACCUCCUCUAGCUAGGAGACGAAAACAGAGACAGAGAUGGGGCUCAGUGAGUGGCAGGGGAGGAGCUGACCGAGGGAGAGGUAGAGUGAGACAGCGCUCACCUCCCGAGGAGUCUUUUGAGGAGUACACGACCUCCGAGGAGGAGGGAGAGGCGGUCGACAUACGGUCCAGCAGUCCCAGUGAUGACAGUAACGCACCUCAUCCGCAGCCGAGGAGGAAGAAAGAAAGGAUAGAUUAUUGAUUUUUUUUUCCCUUUCUCUUUUGCUUUGUAGUUAGGAACUAUAGCUUCAGAUAGACCUAUGUAUUUUGUUUUUGAAGACUUUUCUUUUGUUUUUGGUCUUUGUAAAUAAUGAUUGGGG